CCUGUUGUGCGUGGACCAAUCAGGAGGGGACUUCCUGCUGCAGCUGCAGUGUGGCUCAGAAGCUAACGCGCUAGCACGCUGACAGAAAGCUAAAAACACAACACGAGUUAUUUACCUCUUUACCCGCCGUCUCGUCCUGAUCGUCGCCGGCCACACUGCUCCCACCACCGCCGCUAAACUCCACCAUGGUCGGCGUGAAAGUGAUCGGGAGCGACCCGGACUUCCAGCCGGAGCUAGCGGCCGCCGGCUCCAGGCUCGCCGUGGUGAAGUUCACAAUGGCCGGGUGUCGGCCCUGUGUCACAAUAUCUCCAGCUUUCAACAUGUUGAGUAACAAAUACCCACAUGUCGUCUUCCUUGAAGUAGAUGUUCACGUGUGUCAGGCGACAGCGGCAGCCAACAACAUCUCCGCCACACCGACGUUCUUGUUCUUCAGGAACCGGGUGCGGGUGGAUCAGUAUCAGGGGGCGGAUGCCUCGGGUCUGGAGGAGAAGGUCAAGCAGCACACGGAGAACGACCCGGGAAACAGCGAGGACUCUGACAUUCCAAAGGGAUACAUGGACCUCAUGCCUUUUGUCAGCAAAGCCGGCUGCGAGUGUCUGAACGAGAGCGACGACUGUGGCUUUGAUAGCUGCUUAAUCAAAGACUCCUCCUACCUGGAGUCUGACUGUGAUGAACAGUUGCUAAUAACUAUUGCCUUCAACCAACCUGUGAAGCUCUUCUCUAUGAAGCUACUGGCCUCAGAAUUUGCCCAAGCCCCUAAGGUGGUGAAGGUGUUCAUCAAUCUCCCUCGGUCGAUGAGCUUCGACGACGCCGAGCGGAGUGAAGCCACUCAGGCUCUGGAGCUGUCUGAGGAGGACUACAAAGAGGAGGGCUUGAUUCCCCUGCGCUACGUCAAGUUCCAGAACGUACAGAGCGUCACGAUGUUUGUCAAGUCAAACCAAGGAGACGAGGAGACGACAAAAAUCAACUACCUGACAUUCAUAGGCACCCCAGUACAGGCCACCAACAUGAAUGACUUCAAAAGGGUCGUGGGGAAGAAAGGAGAGAGUCACUGAACAGGAGAAUGAAGAAGAAGAGAAGAGGAGGAGGAGAAGAAGGCUACAGAUACAUUACCCAAGAACUUUCACUCUGCCAAAGCCACCACACACUCUGCCGACACACAGACACACACACACACUCAGCCUCCAGCUGUCCUCCUCAUGCUCUGAAUGAAUUCUCCGUCUGUGGCGUCUACAAACCAUUUGUAUUGUAAUUCUGAUGAAAAUCACUGUAAAUAAAAUACAAUCCUUUUUCAAAGGCA